CGCACCGCUUGCCCAAACCCUAAAACCGGCCCCCCUCCUCUACCCCAAAACCAAACUCGUUCGAGAAAAAUCGGCACUGUGCUUACUGAUCUCAGUUCCGCAAACUCAAAAACCCUAGUUCCUCUCUCUUCGCUUCUCUCUCUUUCUAUCUGGUAUCUUAUAGGACAAUGGGUUUUCAACUGCAAUCGUAUGGGAUCCAAUCGAUGCUGAAGGAAGGGCACAAGCAUCUCUCUGGCCUCGACGAAGCUGUCCUCAAAAACAUCGAUGCUUGCAAAGAGCUCUCCACGAUCACUCGAACUUCUCUUGGUCCCAAUGGGAUGAACAAAAUGGUCAUCAAUCAUUUGGACAAACUGUUUGUAACAAAUGAUGCAGCCACUAUUGUUAAUGAGCUUGAGGUCCAGCAUCCUGCUGCUAAAAUAUUGGUUCUAGGUGGCAAGGCUCAACAGGAGGAGAUUGGGGAUGGUGCUAAUCUCACUGUUUCUUUUGCUGGGGAACUACUUCAGAAUGCAGAGGAGCUUAUUAGGAUGGGGCUUCAUCCCAGUGAGAUCAUUAGUGGUUAUACAAAGGCUAUUAAGAAGGUGCUCGAAAUUUUAGAUGAAUUGGUGGAAAAGGGAUCAGAAACUAUGGAUGUGAGAAAUAAAGAUGAAGUUAUUACCCGGAUAAAGUCUGCUGUUGCUAGCAAGCAGUUUGGUCAAGAAGAUAUUUUGUGCCCACUUAUUGCUGAUGCAUGCAUUCAAGUCUGCCCCAAGAAUCCCACAAACUUCAAUGUUGACAAUGUUCGAGUUGCAAAGCUUGUUGGUGGUGGUCUUCACAAUUCUUCAAUAGUUCGUGGUAUGGUUUUGAAAACUGAUGCUGUUGGAAGUAUAAAGAAAGUGGAAAAGGCGAAGAUUGCUGUGUUUGUUGGAGGCGUCGAUACAUCUGCAACCGAGACCAAAGGAACUGUUCUUAUACAUAAUGCUGAAGAGUUAGAGAAUUAUGCUAAAACUGAAGAAGCUAAAGUUGAGGAGCUAAUAAAGGCUGUUGCAGAUUCAGGUGCAAAAGUUGUUGUUAGUGGAGCUGCAGUUGGCGAGAUGGCUUUACAUUUUUGUGAGCGUUACAAACUCAUGGUUCUAAAGAUUAGUUCAAAGUUUGAAUUACGAAGGUUUUGCCGUACAACGGGUGCUGUAGCUCUUCUGAAACUCAGCCAACCAAAUCCUGAUGACCUGGGUUAUGCGGACUCAGUUUCAGUGGAGGAAAUUGGAGGCUCACGGGUAACUGUUGUGAAAAAUGAAGAAGGGGGAAACUCAGUUUCGACAGUAGUCUUACGAGGUAGCACUGAGAGUAUACUAGAUGACCUUGAAAGGGCUGUUGAUGAUGGUGUCAAUACAUACAAGGCAAUGUGUAGGGACAGCCGUAUUGUUCCUGGGGCUGCUGCAACUGAAAUAGAACUAGCCAGAAAAUUGAAGGAGUUCUCCUUUAAAGAAACAGGAUUGGACCAGUAUGCCAUAGCCAAAUUUGCUGAAAGCUUUGAGAUGGUACCUAAAACCCUAGCUGAAAAUGCUGGGCUUAACGCGAUGGAGAUCAUUUCUUCCUUGUAUGCCGAACAUGCAGCUGGAAACCCCAAGGUUGGUAUCGAUCUGGAAGGAGGGGUCUGCAAGGACAUUUCAGCCAUGAAAAUCUGGGAUCUUUAUGUCACCAAGUUCUUUGCUCUCAAGUAUGCUGCCGAUGCUGCCUGCACUGUUCUCCGAGUUGAUCAGAUCAUAAUGGCUAAACCAGCAGGAGGGCCAGCAAGGAGAGAUCAACCUGCCGGCAUGGAUGAGGACUAGACUAGUGUGAUUUUUAAGCAAUUUUUACUGCUAGAAAGAAGCUGGGUGAUUUUGAAGCUUUUGUUUGUGUGCGUGCAGAGCAUACUGAAAUUUGAUCCUCAUUCUUAUAGAAGAUGUGAGCACAAAAAGGCUGAACCUUUUGUUGUAUCCGGAAUUACAUCUUAGUUUGAGUAGUGGUUGGCCAUUUAUCUUGUAGCACUUCAGCGAAAUUUGUAAUAGUCAGAAUAUUUUGUUGCCCUUUGUGAUGUUAGGCAUUGUGGUUCAGCAUUUUGCUCAUCUUUGAGUGCUUCCUGUGGUUCUAAUAGGCAGCAUCCUUUGUCAUUUAGUUGAUUGAAUGCUCAAUUUGUCCAUUAAAGCCAGUUUUAUCCGAUUGUUGUC